GUAAACCAUUAAAAAACAAUUGAUAGCUGUUUUUAAUCAUCAUAAUUUUUCUCGUUGCUUCAAUUGUUAAUUUUUUUCAGAUGAUAUUCCCGUUAAAAUGGACAGUUGUAUAUAUUCCAUACAUAUAUAUGGGCUGUAUUCAUGUGAUUCAAUCACCUUCACCAUAUUUAAUUGGAAUGGACUCAAGAUUUUUUGACUUUUUCCGUUUACCACCUAAUGGUGGCAUUGCCUAUCUUGACUUGGAUACAAAUAAUUUCAAGCCACCAUUAGCACCGGGUCAACCAAUAUUUGAUUCAAAAGUUCUCCCCAAAAAACCAUUGAAACAAUUAAAAACAAGAUUAUUAGAAUUGAAAGAGAAAAUAUUUCAAAUGAAAAAUACUCGUAAAACAUCAUCUAAAAUGAUACCUAGAAAUAUGAUGUUAGAUUGUAUGUUUUCAACAUCAAAUUCAGAAUUAGCUCAAGAUGAAUUAAUUAAAGUUCGUAAACGUUGGUUACAAGAACUCAAUGAAAUGACACAAAUUGGUUCAUGUAUUAAAGAAGCAUUUCUACAAUUUAUGGUACAUUUAUUGAAAGAUUAUCGUUUAUGUCUUGUACCUGUUCGUAAUUCUCAAACGGAUGUUAUGUUUAAUAUUGAACAUUUCUUACGAGAAUGCGCUGAUAAGCAUACAAUACCAUUUUAUCGUGCUUUAUUUGAAACACAACAAUGGAAUAAUUUUGUUCGUGAUCGAAUUUACGCUUCUUCACGUGAUGAAGAAUUAGAUUAUUUCGAUAAUCGUAUUGAAUUGUUGCUGGAAAGUGAAUCGAAAUCUCGACCACAUCAACAUCAACAUCUUCAUCGUUCUCGUAAUAAUAUUAGUUUAACAACUAUGAGUAAUAUCUUCACAAUUAAACGAUCGGCAUCAUCGUCUCAUGAACAACUGAGCAUUACAAAUAAUCAUAAUAGUAAUAGUAGUAGUAAUAAUCAUCUAAGCUAUGCGGAUCAUAAUAAUCAUUCAGAAGAUCGAUCAGUGUCAAGUAACACAUCGAUCAAAGAUAGAUCGGAUGAAUCGACGGAUUCACAGCUUUCAAGUGAUUUAGGGCUUUUACCUAAUAAUAACAAUCUGUGUAUAACAGUUAUUAGUCCUCCAUGUUGGCCAGUUCCUGAAUUCGUCGACACACCUCAACUGCAACACUUAUUAUGGACAAAAAAACAUUCACUCGGUUUUUUUCCAACUAAUAUUAAUUCUGCAUUAUUAGACUUAUUAGCUUCAAGAGCAUUUCUUUUAAAAGCUAGUUUGUCAAAUAAUUCUAUAAUCACACCAAUGUUUAAUGUUAAUGAUAACCCUGAUAAUUCCACUCUAAUUACUACAUUAAUAACAUCAGUACCAGAAGAGGUUAAAAAUAAAGAGAAUUGCAUUUCUUCUAAUUCUACCAUCUGUAGUGAUAUGCUUUUAUCACCAACUCCUGUCAACUGUUGGUCAAAAUCCCCAGUAAAUACCAAUAUUUUAGACCAUAAUCCAGAUUCUCGAACACCGACUGGAAUGUCAAUAUUAAUGAUGACAAAACUACAACUUAACACUACUCAAAGAUUUGGCUCAUUAAUGUUAGUAAACAGUCCAUCUCCACUAAUUAUUCGUUCAAAUCGUCCAGAGAAUAUGAGUUUAAUUGGUUUGAGUACAAAAUAUUGUUUACCAGUGAAUAAUGCAACUAUUUUAAAACGUACAUCGCAAGAAUUACGAUAUACGCUAAAUCAUUGUAUUAACAUUUCAGAAACUGAGGAUUAUACGAAAGUCAAGUAUUUAGCAGGAUCUGCCUAUUCAAUUUGGUUUAUGUUAUUACCAGGUUAUCUAUCUUCUGUGUAUAAAUACUAUACAGAUGAAAUCGACAAUAUAAAUCAUUGUGUGAAUAAAACUGAAAUUGUUAAUGAAUAUCAUAAUGUACAACAACAGAGUGGAAGUACAGGGUGUAAAUUAUUCAAUCCUAUUAUUAGUAAUAAUAAUAAUAAUAAUAAUAAUAAUAAUAAUAAUAAUAAUAAUAAUAAUAAUAAUAAUAAUAAUAAUAAUGGUAAUUAUCUUGAAGUGAUGAAUGUAAUUAAACAAAUUAUAAUACAAUCGCUUGGUGUAUACAAGAGAAUGCACGACUAUGAACUUGAAGUUCCUGAUCAGGUUGCUUUACGAAUAUUGUUAGUGUUAUUGUAUCAAAAUCGUAUUGAAGAUUUCGAUUUACUGAAGUUCAUUAAUUCAGCAGACUGGUCAUCAUCGUCAUCUGGAAUUGCGAAUCAUAUUUACAAAGCAUUUGAGAAAGAGUUGAGAGAACAUGAAAGAUUAGAAAAUGAACGUUUGAUGUCCACAUCUGAACAUCAUAGUCAUCGUCGUUCAGCUUCUGCCGAUACUGAACUGAAUCCAUCUACACAAGUUAAUAGUUCUGAAAAUACAACUGGCGUCAUAGUACCUCAACCGUUUAAUUCAUCUGAUGAUCUUACUGAUCAAGGAUAUUCAACAUUGAAUAUACAUGAGGAUAAGACAAGUUCAGAUCAAGAUUGGUCACCUGUUGUUGACCAAUCUACAAAUAUCAACAAUGAUUCAAUGUCAUGUGUUGUUUCAACCAAUGAUAAUCAUCCACUUCCAAUGGAACAACAUCAACGGAUUCAAGAAUUAACAGAAAAUCAUCAUGAUUCAUCUGUUAUUGGUAACGGUAACGACACUUUGUGUCAUCACAGUUCACAAUCAAAAGAACACAAAACUAGUUGCAUUUCAAAUACUGUCAGCGAAUCUAUACAUUCUUCCAGUUUAAAUUAUCUUCAACCAUCAAGCUUGAGUAAUGUUGAGCAAUCAGAUCCAACUAUAGUUAUUGGUAAUGAUGAUGAAAAUAAUAAAACACACGUAAGGGAAAACCCUUCAUCAAUAGUGGAGAAUCAUAUUAGUGCUCCAGACACUGCUAAGUCUGUUUCUGCCUCAGCUGACGUUAUUAAUGAUCACAACAAUAGUAGUAGCAGUAGUAAUGGUACCAAUCUCAGUGAUGAUGAUUCAUGCGCAGAUGAUGAUGAAGAUUCUGAAAAUGAACACAUUCAUUACGGAUAUAAUUUACUAUCAUCAGCGUUAUCAAAAAUCAAACGUCCAUUCCUUCAACAUUAUAAUACUUCGCCUGCUACUACUACUACUACUACUACCACUCAUAAUCCGUCAUCGUAUCAUCGUACUCCUUAUUCACAUCAUAGUAGUAUAGAUGUGACUCGAGAUAGUAAACAUUUAUUAUUUUCAAAAUCAUCUAGACAAUCAUUUGAUGAUAGUUCUUCGUCAAUUAAUGUUAUGAGACAAUCAGCGCAUCAUCAAAAUAUUAUGACUAGUAUUCCGACUACCACUACUACCACUUCUGUUACUACUACUAAUGAUAAUUCAAAUUUGACAGCUACACUUGUGGAUAAUAAUAAUAAUAAUGUUGAUAAUGAUGAUGAUGAUGAUGAAGACAACGACGAAGACAAUGAAGAUGCUAAUGCACAGACCAAAGUUUCAGUUGUUCAUAAUGCAUUGAACUUUUUUAAUAGAUCUACAUCGGAUUUUAUCAAUCGUAUCAAUAUGAAUCGAUCUUUAUUAGAUUGGCGUUCUCUUAUUCCAAGUUUAUCCACAAAUCCAACUCCACAAUCAGGAAGACGUGCAACUACUUCAAAUUGUUUUACAGGUUCAAAUUUAACUAAUCAACAUGGAGGUUGUCAUGUUCAACCACAAAAUCAAUAUUAUCCUUUACCACCACAAUAUCAACCACAAAGUGAACGUAUUUCACGUGUUUCAUGGUCUAAACCAUCAUGUAUAGAAAUGAAAAAUACUGAUUCAACUUAUAAUCAAUCUUCUGAUAAUAUCCCAUUUACUAAUACACAUAAACUAUCAGACUCUGGAUAUCUUGUAAAUCCAAUGAAUAGUAGAUUAUUGGAUAUGAAUGAUCAUUAUUAUGACAAUUAUUAUAACAAUAGUAAUGGUAAUUAUCAAUUAACUAGACAAUUUCCACAAGUUAAUAAUGCUUUAAAUGGUGUUUCGUCAAAUCAUUAUGAAUGUGAGUAUCAUCCUUCAGCUAAUCACGUGGAUGAUUCAAACUCGCUGAAUGAUAUGUGGAUCAAUGUCGCUGGUCCAUUACUGGUUGGCGAUGUUAAUCGGCGUAUAUCACCUGCCAAUACACGUACAAUACAUUUGCAACAGUCUUUAUACCAACAGUAUAUGUACAAUAGUACAUCACCAUUAUCGGUACCAGCUCCAUCAUUUUAUAUCAAUCAAAAUGAAUCAUCUCAUGUUAUCCCAACACUGAAUAAUACUUAUCAUGGAUUAACAACACCAAAGCAUGAUAAUUCAACCAUUUCAAUACCAGUUACAGUAGCAACAAUAACAACUUCAAAUAUUGCUUCACAACAGCUGACUUCGAAUCCAGAUGAUCAUCAAACAACUUCAGUAGUUAGUGAUUCUUGUUUAUUUUCAAAAAUCACAACACCAACUGUCCAAUCACAAUCCCCGCUUUUUAGCCAUAGUGAUAACAAUAGUAAUAAAGAAUCAUCACCAUCUUUUUCUUCCACAUCAACAACAAUAUUAGAUGGUAGCCAACUUCCUAACGUUAAUGGAAAUAGUAAUAAUAAUAUUAUUACUCAUUUGAAUGUAUUCAUCACAACUUGUUCCACAUGUCCAAAGUGUAAACAUUAUGUUUAUGAUGAAGAGAUAAUGGCUGGUUGGUCUACAGAUGAAAAUGAUUAUAGAACAUUUUGUCCAUUUUGUAAAACUUACUUUAUACCACAAUUGUCAAUACGUAUAUUUGGUGAUACAUGUGGAGGUGUUGGAGGUGGUGGUUAUAAUCAAUCAGCAAAAUUACAACAACGUCAACAGCCAAGAGAACAACACUUUCGUACAACUUUUUCUCAGUCGUCGAAUAAUCCGUCCAAUCUCCAGUGUGAUAGAAAUGAUUCAACUGAAUCAAUUCAAUUUAAAUCAUGCACCUCAGCAUCAGUGCAAAGUACUUCUAUGGGUCUAAUGGAAAUGACCUUUUCUUAUUUAAGUCCAUUUGUCAUUAGAAAAUCUUUAGAAACUAUUAUUCAAAAUGAAGGUGAUGAAUGUUUACAUUGUCAAUCAAUUCAAUAUUCUUUAUUACAUCGUCAUACUCAAUUAACAUGGAAUUUAGUAUGGUUAAUGUAUCGUUUAGGUUUACCAACAUAUUUAUUAGAUUCAUUACCAUUAUGGAUAAUGAAUUAUCAAAUUGAACAACGUAUUAAAUUUAAAACAAAUCCAUCACAUAAUCAUCGUCAUCAUCAUCAUUGUUCACAACAGUGUAAUUGUAAUAAUAAGCAAAUACAUAAUAACCAUUCAAUUAUAUUUACUGAUGCACUUUAUCAAGUUCAUUUAUCCCCCAAUUUACCUGUAUAUAUAUCAUUACGUUGGAAUGCAACACAUCCUGUACGAAGCGUUAUGAGAAAUUCAUUGUAUAAAUAUUGGUCCAAUUUUAGAAAUUCAGAUCAAAAUUCACCUUGGUCUUUGGUUAGAGUGACUAGUUCACAAGAUACUUUGAAUCAACAAACUAUAAAUAGUAAUGGGAAUAGUUGUUGUUCAAUUCAUGCAACUAUUGAUCAAUUGAUUAAUGCUAUUAAAAAUGAUAAUAUGCGAUUUGCUGUAGAAUAUCUCAUACAAAUACGUGCACAUCUACAAUUUAAUUCUUCAUUACCAUUAACUAUUACACAAUCACGUACAACAUUUUCACCGCCACCAUCAUCAACAUCAUCACCAUUAACAACAAUCGGAGCAACAACUUCACCAUCAUCAAUACAAACACAAACAUCAGAAUUAUCAUCUGAAAUAAAUAAAAACCAAUUGAAUUCAAACAAUACAAAUCAUGUUCAAUUACAAUCUACAGUAGAGAUAGGAGAUUUUAAGAUGAGACGAAAUAAAUUAAAUCAGCAAAAUCGAUGUGGUAAUAUUGAAUGUUAUGCAGCAUGUUUGGAAAAUUCACUUUAUCGUGAAUUAUUAUUUUUAAUUGUACAAGCAUUAUCUCGAACAUCGUUGGAUCUAAUGUCAUUCGACGAAAAAUAUGAUAUAGUUUAUCGAUCAUUCAGAAACUCUGGUUGUACAUUUCUAACUGAUUUUGACCAAUCACCAACCUUGAUAGCUUCAAUUUGUCGUCAAAUGCUACGCCCGUUAACAUUGAGACCAUAAACUAUCAUUAAUCAGCUGUGUAUCGUUUUAGGCCAAAAUUACUAUAUUGAAACCUUUCCAGAUUUUUUUUCGUUACUCUUCCCUCUCUUUGUCCACAUGAUCAAUAUGAAUGACUGGAAGACUCCAUGAUAUAAUGAACCAUUCUAUCUCAUUAUGCAUCAGUCAAUCAGUGAAUUAUUCAUAUGUUUUCUACUUACAUUGUCAUAUUUAUAUAUGUAUUUUGUUCAUUUGUCAAUCAUGUAUUGUCGGUGUGUGUGUGUGUGUGUGCGCGGAUGAAUGAAUAGAUGGAUGAUGAACGUGUGUACGUACACCUCAGUUAUUGGCUGUGAAAAGGAAAUAUAAUCAUGUUACUAAAUUGAUUUACAUUCAUCUAAUUUCAUUAUUCUUACUUGUUGAUUCUUUUUUUUUCUUUCUUAUUUAUUUUUGUGCAACUCAUUCUUAAUUUUGUUGUUAAGAUGAGAACUUAUUUUGUGGUUAUAUAUCAUCACUAUUCCUGUUAAAUAUUACUUGUAUUACAAAUGAACAUUGUUCGUUAUUAUUAUUAUUAUUGACCACUUAGCUAAAACUAGCUUAUUGUGCAAUGAUGAUCAUUAUGAUACUUUGUAAACAAAUUUCUUAAUCCUUUCUCUCUAUUCAUUGUCAUUAUUCAUUCAGUUGUCUUAUUCAUUCACUACUGUCAUUAUCAUUACUAAUUAUAAUUACGUUCAUAUAUCUAUCUAAUUCCUAUAGUACUAUUCAAUACAACGUCUAAAUAGAGAAUAUAUAUACACACUGUAUUGGUAGAUUUAUACCACUAUACAUAUUACUAAUAGUUACUUCAUUGCCUAUAUAACUAACUGGGGAUAAUAAUAAUAAUCUGCCCGUCGUCGUCGUCACCUCUGACCCCCCCCUCUCUUGUCACUCUUGUUUAAUAUAUCAUAACUAUUCUUAUACAAUUUCGAAUGUAUGAUCGAAUAGAAAUAUCGAAAAUAUUAAGAGUUAAAUAAAAAUGCAUGAAAUUAUGUCAUCAUUCAUUGUUGACUUCCAAAUAUCCGUUUGUUUGUUUGUUUACAAUUCUCUUGUGCUCAUUUACUCUUACAUAAUUUUGAAUGUAUACACACAAUUUUCUUGUUGUUUAAUCCUUUUUUUCUUUUAUGAAUUUUCACUUUUCUUUUCCUCUUUCUCAAUGGAACAACAUUCCAUUCGAUAUUCUUUGUGUAUAACACUUUCAAGUUUCAUUUAUCUUUAUAUUUCUAUUCAUGUAUUACUCAUUCGUUUUAAGUAGUAGUAACCCCCUACUGACGUAUCGUCAUGCUAUUCCCCCUAGUAUAUUCAUAUAUAUAUAUAUUAUGCUGUCUUAUCGCAUCUUUCAAUAAGAACGUUUCUUGUUAGUUGUUGUUGUUCUUUUUUAUUGAGAAAGAUUAAUUUAUUACUACAGGCAUUUAUCAAGUUGUGUUGAUUUCAUUAUAAAAAAAGAAAGAAUAAAACUUUUUAUAACUACAA